GGGAUGGACGUUUCAGGCGGAAAUCACAGGCACGAGGCUCCCUGGAAGAGGAUGUCUAAAGAGGAGCUGGAUAACCAGUACUCCCCCAGCAGAUGGGUCGUCCGACUGGGAGCAGAGGAGGCCAUGAGGACCUAUUCACAGAUAGGAAACGAAGUCACCAAGAGGGCCCGGGCCACCAGGAGAAGCCUGCUCGAUGUUCCCUACGGAGCCGGCGAAGGAGAAAAAUUGGACAUCUACCUUCCCGAGGCAGUAUCUGAAGCUAUGCCUUUCCUGGUGUUUUUUCACGGAGGAUACUGGCAGAGCGGAAGUAAAGACACAUCAGCCUUCAUGGUCAACCCACUGACAGCACAGGGAGUGGCCGUGGUGAUGGUGGCUUAUGACAUUGCCCCCAAAGGCACCCUGGACCAGAUGGUAGACCAGGUGACCCAGAGCAUCGUGUUUGUCCAGAAGCAGUAUCCAGGCAACCAGGGGAUUUACCUGUGUGGACACUCUGCUGGGGCCCACCUCGCUGCCAUGAUGCUCCUGGCCGACUGGACCAAGCAUGGAGUCACGCCCAACCUCAAAGGCUUCUUCCUGCUGAGUGGGGUCUACGACCUGGAGCCCAUCAUGCACACCUCUGAGAAUGCCCCCCUCCUCCCAACCCUGGAGGAUGCUCAGAGGAACAGCCCACUGUGGCACCUGGAGACGGCCCCCACCCAGCCCAGCCAUCCAGCCUGCCGCAUCCUGGUGACUGUGGGCCAACAUGACAGCCCUGAAUUCCACCGACAGUCCAGGGAGUUUUAUCAGACGUUGUGCCACGGAGGGUGGAAAGCCUCCUUUGAAGAGCUCCACGAUAUGGACCACUUUGAAAUCCUUUGGAACCUAACCCAGGAAGACUACGUGCUCACCCAGAUUAUUUUGAAAACGAUCUUCCAGGAGUCCCGAUGACACCUGAACCCUGCCACCGCCAGCAUGUAUCCCGACCGGGAAGCUUCUCCGGGACCCCCACUGCUUCCCUCUCCCGCUGGCCUCAGCUCUACCCAAGCCCAGGAGUGCCUCUGUUCACUCGCCCCACCCCCCCCACCCCCACCGCCAGAAUCCAUUCUUCAAGCUGCUCUGAACCUGAGUACAAAUCUCCAUGGCCCUCCUUCCGCCUGGAUCAAGUGGGCUCCAGGGAAGGUCUGGCCCAGGUCCAUGUGUGUCGCCCAGAGCCACCCCUCUGGCUUAGAAGGUGAAGCAGAAAUGACAACUUGCAACCAACAUGAAGAGAAAGAGCUCUCUGAACCAGUUUUUGCUCCUUUUUUUGUUUUUGUUUUGCCAAACCACACAGCAUGUGGGAUCUCAGUCCCCAGACCAGGGAUUGAAUCACAAAAGCCUCCGCACUGGGAGUGUGGAGUCUUAGCCACUGGACUGCCCAGUGGUUAAGGGAAGUCCCUGUCCCCUUUUUUUUUUUUGCUCCACUUUUUCACGUCUGCUCGGUCUUGGGCUCCACCUGACGUCUGGCUUCAUCCCAGAAAGCCCUGGGAUGUUAUCUUUGGGACUGACACUUUGGCCAGAUUAGCCCUGGUGGCUGAGUGGUAAAGAAUCUGCCUGCCAAUGCAGGAGACAUGGGCUUGAUCCCUGAUCCAGGAAGAUCCCACACGCUGUGGAAAAGCUAAGCCCGUGCGCCACAGCCAUCGAGCCUGUGCUGGGGAGCCCGGGAGCCACAGCUACUGAGCGCAUGUGCCGCAGCUACUGAAGCCUGCACAGCGUAGCCUGCGCUCCACAGGAGAGGCCCCUGCAGUGAGAGGCCCUCAUGCCACCGCUGGAGAGUAGCCCCUGCUUUCCACCACUAGAGAAAGGCCCGCACUGCCGUGAAGACCCAGCAGAGCCAAAAGUAAGUAAAUAAAUAAAAUAGAAACCCAAAUAAGCUACAAGGAUUUGUUGCACAGCACAGGGAAAAUAGGCGGUAUAACAACUAUAUAUGGAGUAUAAUGUUUAAAAAUUGUAAAUGACUAU